AGUUGUUUUUUGGAACACUAUAGAUCAUGAAAUUGACGUCUCUCCUUCUUCAAGUCUUGUGAUCUUCCUAUUUCUGACGCCAAUUCCCAUCGUUCACACUCCAAAUUCGUUCCUCCACCGAUCAAAUCCCUAGUUUAUGUAACAUCAAUCGGUAAGAUCUGAGCGUUCCGCUAUGAAUUUCUUCAAAUCCGUCUUCUCAGAUGACCCAGAUCCUCCAGGAACCGAAUCGGAGUCCGAUUCACCAAAACACAGCGAACAGCACGAAAACCCAGAGCAGUCUAACCCUAACGACGAAGACGGCGGAUGGAGCUUCGGUGGUCUGAUGAAAACCAUAGCCACCAGAUCCGAAUCCGUAAUUGAAACCUACCGACGAGAUCUCGAAGAAUUCGGGACAGGUUUGAAGAAGGAGAUCGAAGUGGCGCAGGGAUCGCUUGGUACCGUGGGACAUGCCAUUGAUGAACUUGGGAACACGGUGCUGAAGGGUACGGCUGAGAUCAUCGCUCAGGGUAAGGAAGCGAUAUUAGCCGCUGGUAACGAAUCUGAUUCUUCUGAUAACAAUAGCAGUAACAGUUUUGGUCGUCGUGAUAGCUUUAGCUCGAAACCCUAUAGCCGUUUCGAUGCUCAGGUUCGCGUUGUUCAAGGCGAUCUCAACACUUACUGUGAAGAGCCUGAGGAUUCAGAUGAUUAUAAAAAGUGGGAAUCUGGGUUUUCCCUGGGCGAAAAAGCUGAGGAGAUGGAGAAAUUGCUGGAGGAAAAUGGGGAUAUGAAAGGAGUGUAUAAAAGGGUUGUCCCGAGUAUGGUUGAUCAUGAGACCUUCUGGUUUAGGUAUUUCUACAAGGUUCACAAGCUCAAGCAAGCUGAAGACCUGAGGGCUAAUCUUGUGAAGCGAGCCAUCUCUCUGGAUGAUGAGGAAGAACUGAGCUGGGAUAUUGAUGAUGAAGAGGAGAGCAGCGAGAAAGCUACUGAAGCUACCAAAGAAGUUUCAAGAUUGAAACUUGAGGGGAAUGAUGACACGGGUAGUGGAGAUGUGAGCGAAACUGUGAAAGAUUCAGUGAUAAAUGCAGAUCCGGUGACUGAAAAGAGCGUGAAAGAUGAAGUGAAAAGUGCAGAUUCAGUGACUGAAGUGAGCAAUGUUGGUUUGAAGAUAGAUACAGAUUCGGAGAAGAAGAAGGAAACUGGUAAUGAGGACGUUCCAGAAUCAAAAACAGUAAUUGAUACUUCUGAUGAGGCUCCAGUUCAAGAUUCGGGCAAACGCGAGGCUGUUCCAGAAUCUGAUGAGACUGCUCAAUCUCAGAACUCAGCUAAACCAGAUGGUGUUGCUUCUUCAUCAACUCAACAACCAUCGGAAGAAGAUUUGGGAUGGGACGAGAUUGAGGAUAUGAGUAGCAUCGAUGGUAAGGAAACGAGUCGCUCUGGUGGUAGUCCAAACAGAGCUGAGCUGCGUAAACGUCUAAGUGCUGCAGAGGAAGAUGAAGACUUAAGUUGGGACAUUGAAGAUGACGACGAUACUUCUUCCAAAGCUUAAUGUAGUUUUAUAGUGGUGUGCUUCUUUCUCUUACUUGUACUUGUUUUUUGUAAGUUUCUGGCAAUUUGCCUCCAUUCUUCAGUUGUUUUCUCUUGAACGUUUUAUAUAAUUUGAUUUGAAAAUAUGCUAUAC